UUUUGCAAUAUUCUAAUUCCUCUCAGCCUAGACACCCUUCCACACCCAUUUCAAGAAAGUGAUCAAACAAAAGUGGAAAAACCAUUCGAUCCAAAUCCAAACACAACCCCCAAAAAUAAGCAAUAAACCCAUCUUUCCCCUUUUCAAUUUCCUUGAUUCUCAAAACCCUAAUUCCAAUAAUUCUCCUAAAAUAUUUUCUUGACUUCUCAAAAUGGGAUUUUGGGUACCUUAAUUUUUCAAGAUUUGAAGUACCCAUGAUGAAAAACCAUGAUUUUCAACUACCCUUUUUGAAUUAUUUAAAACUUCAAUCAAAAUCUUGUGGUUUUUUAGUUGUGAAUGGAAUCAAAGAAAUUAGCUUUAAUGCAAAAUCAGGAAGACCAAAAAAAUGUGAAGUUAAUAAUACAAUGGGAAGAUUAUGAACAGGAAUUAGCUCGUUUGUGUAGCCUCACAUUUGCUCUUAAUGAAGCUAAGCAGAAGAAACAAUUGGUUCAGCAGAAAUUACAGUCCCUUAUACAGGUAGAAGCAGAAUCACUGAGUCGUUCGAAUGAGCUUGAUGAGAUGAAAGAAAAACUGGAUUCUAGAAAAUUGGUGAUGGGAAACAUGUCGAUGCAUUCUAAAGUUGUCAAAGAGAAAGUCAAGAAGCAAGAGGAGCAACUCAGUAAUGACAUCAGGUCACUGUUGGUUGCAGGGACUUCUCUUUCUGGAGCUAGCAAGCGCUUGCAGGAUGCAAGUAGGUCCUUUGCUGGAGAAAGGGGUUAUGGUCAUCUCAGAACUUUGCAGAGAGUAUUCAGAAUGAGACAACAGUAUAUGGUGUCUCAAGUUCAGCUGCUUUAUCCUGUGAGGAUUGCAAUUGGACAGGCACCUGAGCAAGAACUUGAAUUUUUCAACAACAGUUCCAACUCAGGUAACUCUGCUGGGUCCAAACCUUUAGACCAAGGAGCCUUGACCAUUGCAGGUCUGCAUUUAACUGUGUUCACGAAGAUGAGUUUCUUUACUGAUAAGAAGGAGGUUCAGAGGUCUGCAACUGCCCUGGGAUAUGUUGCACACGUGGUCGCACUUAUUGCAUCUUACUUACAAGUUCCUCUACGUUAUCCUUUGAGGUUAGGAGGAUCUCGAUCAUAUAUCCGUGAUUAUGCACCUUCAAUAGAGCCUUCAUCAUCUGAUUUAACAUCUAGUUCCUCAGUUUCCGCAAAUUCAAGGCCCGUGGAAUUUCCUUUAUUUUUAGAAGGCCAAGAUUCAACAAGAGCGGCUUAUGCUGUAUUUUUGCUGAAUAAGGAUUUAGAGCAACUUCUGAAUUAUAUUGGCGGCAGAAGUUUAGGGCCAAGACAUGUACUUGCUAAUUUGAAAGAGCUUCUUAGGACAAUCCUUUCGCCCGAGUAUAUAGACACAUGAUUGUGAGAUUUAAGUUCAUGUAAAAAUGUACAUCAUUGUUAUUUUUUUGCAGGUGCCAAAUUUUCACAUACAGCACCUUGCCUCAUACCCUUUGUCUGAUCUAUAUAUUAAAGACAUUGAAUCCUAAAAGAAUUGUAAUGGUUUUGUUGGUUAUGCAAUUGUAUCUCUAUCAUUAAGGGUGUACGCAGUAA